AUGCCUUCUAUAGCUGUCACCGUCCCUAGUGUGAAAUAUGCCUUCCGGCCGAUAUUUAUGAUGCCCCGGGAGUCGGAACUUCCGCUAUACAAUAUAAUAAUAGAACUGUUGUUGAAGUUAUCCAGAUCUAUAGUAAACCUGAGUAUCUUAAGCGUGGGCUGGAUAGCGUUGGUUAAACGAAAAGCUCGAGCAACCAGUGGAAGUAGACAACAUCAAAAUUAUCAGCGAAAUACUCUAGAAUCUUAA